AUGGCCAUCCGCGAUCACUUCCGCCGCCGCAAGUCCAUCUCCGAGCCUAGCCAGGGAGAGCGUACCAGCUCAGACCCAAAGUCCCCAGCUCUCCGCCUCGCAAAGACAUUUGGAUGGCGCUCAGCAAAGGAAGAGAAGCCAAAGAAGAAGACUGCCAUCAAGGAGAAGGAGGCCGAUCCGCGCGAGAGGCCCUUCAACGAGACCAACCUCAGACACCAGGAGAUUCUCAACGGCUUCACCAUGACAUUCGGAAAGGGCCAGCGCCCGAUGAGCCGCGAUGCGCGGUCGAGUUACUACAGCAUCAACGUCAGCCCCGGCACAUCACGCCACAACAGCGUGGACGUGGAUGACAGCCCGCUCCGGAUGAACCCCUUGCCUCGCGAGAGUCAGUUCCGGUCCGUCCCGGAAGAGGAUGAGAGGUCUUGA